AUGCCCGCACAAGACGUACCACGACCGUACCCUCUGAUCGACUCGGACCCACACGCGGGACGGGUGAUCCGGUACAUGCGGAGCAGCGAUUAUGGGGUGUGGGCGGGCGCGACCGCUGCCGGACCGGGACUGCUGUAUCUUUAUGAAAAGGUAGACCCAUCAAAGUACCGCCAUGGUAUCAACCCAGCCCUCCGCCUCACCACCUUCCUUGGUUUCGCCGCAGGUUUCAUGCUCGCAUAUCAGCAAUCUUCGUUCAGACUCUGGGGUCUGAAGGAGAACCAAGCAGAAGUAGCGCGGGACAAGGUGGAGAUGUCGGCCUUGGCCAAGGCGGGCAAACCGCUUUAUGGCGAGACGGACAUGAGCGACUAUCUGCAGGGUGUUGCGGCUAGGAACUCUACGUGGAGUCAGCUCAAGCUGCACGCUAUGCCUUGGUUCAACUUGGUCAACCACAACCAGCACGGCGUCGAUAACUCUAAAUACACAUCGGAAACAUCUCAACAAUCAUCAUAG